AUGCCUUUCUCCGCUAAAGAUCACAAAAUAGCAGAAAAAGGUGGACCCUCCACUAAUGGAGGCUCUACGCUGGAUUCUAGCCAUAAUCCAGGCAACAACAUUUUUAUUACCUAUGCAUCGCUUUUUCAAGAUAUCAAGAGUCAGAAGAGAACAACUUUCAACAUUGCUCCAUUUAUCGACAACAACGCAUCCACAAGCGGAAAACCUUUGGACUACAGUUCAACAUUUGUAGAAGCUAAAGACGACUAUUCCUUCGUCAUUGACUGUGCUCAAUUUGCUGGGAUGGUGUUCAGAGAGAAGCCUUUGCUCAUUUGUCUUCGAGAACACUACUCCAAAGGUCUGGGCAUUAGACAGCGCAUCAUUGGCAAGAACCAUAAGGUCCUUGAAGUCAAUUUCCCAAGCCAGGACAAUUGCGAGGAGGCCCUGAACAAGGAACUCGUCUUACAAGGGAAGAUAAUCAAGGUAAACAGAGCUUUGGACAAAAACGCCAAUGUUCUCAGAGUAGGUGUCUCUGAACUCCCUUACAAAUCUGAAGAGGUUCUGAAACCUUUGAUGGUGGAGACCUUUCAAAAGUAUGGGGAUAUUCUCAACCUUGGCCUUAGCUACACUAAGGACGGUGGUUGGUUCACCGGUUGUGGUUUUGUCACUCUAAAUAAGGACAAAUUGAAGAAUUAUGCAGCUGAGCUUACCCCUCAGAUCCAAUUUGGGAAUUUCAAGGAGAAAUUACACUUGGUUUGGAGUAACAUGUGUUUAGGAUAUAGAUCAUCUCUGAGAGGCAAAUGUAUUAGGUGUUGUAUAUUACAUAAGAGGAUCUGA